CUCGCGCCGGCAACUUCCAGACCUGAGAACUCUCCUUCUUUUCGCCUUCCGGCCUUCUAUGAUGAUCUCUUCUUUUUUCCCAUCAUGACCGACAAUGAAUCGACUUCCAGAAACGAAUCAAGGCACCGUCACUUCUUGGAUCCCGAUUUCAAUUGCACAUCCUCAUCAAGCCGGUUGCGACAAAUAUCUUUGGAAAUAUGUUGCAAACACAAUCGCCGCCUGGGACCCGGGCUACGGCAUCUCGGUCCAGACAGACGCAACAUGCCUUCCUAAACCGGUGACAACAUGGUGGUUACAAGAUCGAUUUGGACCGAUUAAAGAGACAAUACUUAGUAUAGGACCUAUUACUUGCCCUCAAGAUUAUUAUACCGCCACUGCGUCCGCUAAAGAUUCUUCGAGUACUUUUGUGGCCUGCUGUCCACUGAACUACGACUUCGUAAGCGCUAUGGCUCCGGGAGACACUGGCCAAUGUACAUCAGACGUUAAGAAGGGGGGUAUAAUCACAUUUGCUCAGAAAGAUGCCAAUUGGAAGGUUACCAGCUCGACUGCCACACAAGCGAUGACCAUCGCAGCUAUCCCCGUGAAUGGCUGGUCAUUUGCUACACCCACAAAUUCUGCUGCGGAAAAUGAUACGGAUAUUUGCGCCGCCUCGGUAUCAGAUGCAUUGGCAAACCAUAUUGCGGCAAGCACUGCAAGCUGUGAUGCUACUAACGAUGGUGGAAUUUCAUCAAGCACUGCAGCGGGGAUUGGACUUGGCGCAUUUUUUGGAGUCACAGGGCUUGCUGCUUUAGGUGCCGGUUUAUUCAUGAUGUUUAGGGCGCGGAAGGCAGCUCGACAACGACCUACGAACGCGCACAUUGCUCAUUUCGUAAAUAACAGCGGCAAGGAUAUGAACUCAAGCGCACAAGUCCUUACAGCUUACUCACCCGAACCGCGAGAAGCGUACACCCCACCCGAAAGACCUCAAUACCACCAAGUCUACCAAGCGGACGUCUGGGACGUUUCAGCUGCUGGUUUACCACCGCAAUCUUUUGAUAAACACACAUAUGCUAAAACAGUACCUCAUGGAGAGAUGGAAGGUACGGCAUUCAAAAAUAUAGACGCAAGGACAAGGAGGAGAAUGGAGCUCGAAGGAACAAUGUUUCAAGACACCGAUGGCAGGACGAUGGGGGUGGGGACUACAAAAUUCCCUAUAGACUCUUCCCGUAUAGAUUCGGAAGAAGAGAUAAGGAGAAGAAUGGAACUCGAAGGCGAAUUCGACCGAAACGUUAAAGUGUCUUUAACAUCUCCUUGGUUAACAAAAGCCAAGCCAUUACCAUCAUCAGAAUCGUCAUCGUCAUCACAACACCACUUGCCUUAUUAAUAUUAUCAGAUGGCGGUUAUUAAUACAUAUCAACCUCGUCACACACAGAAGAUCUAUCGCCAAUCUGCGAUAUUCGGCUUACACUAUAUUCCAAUAUAAAAUGGAGAAUACCCCUACGCAUGAUUUUAAACAUACUACGGUACACGGUACCUAUAUCUAUAUUAUGCUAUAUACUGGAACAUACAAAGCGCAUAUCACAUGCACAUACCAAGAUAUAUGUGGAUCGAAAUUCAUUGUACAUACUUUUCGCGCCAUUCUAACCCUUUUAAUCGACCGCCACGACGAGUUCACACGCAAAAUCCCUCAGGAGGGACAAAUGAAUAGCCUCCGUCAA